AUGACUAAUAAGAAUGAUCAAAUUGAGAUUUCAACCCUUGGUAAAUUAGCUGCUCAUGUCCCUGAUAUCAUUGUGUAUGGAGAUUUUGCUCAGGAAAUGCCUUUUAUUGAAAGCUUUGAUGGUGUUCUGCUUUUUAUGGACAUUUCAGGUUUCACAGCUCUGACAGAAAAGUUUAGCAUGAACACCAGCUUGGAUCGUGGUGCUGAUGAAUUAACACAGACCCUUAAUCACUAUGUGGGUGAUAUUGUUGAAGAAGUACUGGUGUUUGGAGGCGAUGUCUUGAAAUUUGCAGGUGAUGCACUGUUGGCGCUCUGGAAGGUAGAGCGGUGCCAUUUAAAUGAGAUUAUUACUCUGGCACUGAAGUGUAGUUUCAGCAUCCAACAAGAAUAUGGUGUUCGUGAUACUGAAGUGGGACUUGAGCUACGAGUGAAAAUAGGACUCUCUGCAGGUCACAUCUCAAAAGUUGUCAUUGGUGAUAACAGACGACAACAUUUUGUGGUAACUGGUCGAGCAGUGGAAGAAGUACGGUUGGCCCAAAACUUAGCCAAAGCAAGUGAAAUUAUCCUGUCCCCCAACUGCUGGGAGCUCUGUGAUCGGAACUUAAUUGAGGUAGAAAAAAUUAAAAAUGAACGAGCUGUCAAGGUUAAAUACAUUCGAAAUGUCCCUGACUUUGAUACUGAUGAAUUCUUUGACAGAUGUGCAGACUAUCUGAAUCAGAAUCACAUUUGUGACAGUUUUGAGAUUUUGAGAACAGCCUCUAUGUUGGGUCCAGAUGAAGAACUUGAAAAACGCCUGCGAAAAUAUGUGAUGAAGAAUGUCCUGAAGAAGAUAGAUGAUAACCAGCCACUAGAGUAUUUGUCAGAGCUACGUCCUGUUACCACUGUUUUUGUGAAUAUGCAGUUUGAAGAAAAUGCCAAUACGCACCAUGUGUGUAAGGCUAUCCAAGAUGCCAAUGCUAUGAUCUCUGGAACAAUAUUGCCCCUUAGUGGUAACAUUAAUAAAGUCUUCAUGUUUGACAAAGGCUGCACUUUUCUUUGCAUCUUUGGUCUUCCUGGUGACAAGCAAGCAGAUGAAAGCACAAAUGCUCUUGAUAGUGCCCAUAAAAUCCAUGCUUUCUGUUCCACAGCACUUAUGAAAGUAAAGAUUGUUUCUAUUGGGGUCACUGGUGGGCCAGUUUUCUGUGGAGUCGUUGGUCAUCGUGUGAGGCAUGAAUAUACAGUGAUUGGACGAAAAGUUAACCUUGCUGCACGGAUGAUGAUGUUUUAUCCAGGAUUAGUAAGCUGUGAUGCCCUCACUUAUUCCAAAUCUAAAUUGCCUCACUACUUCUUUGAAGAGCUCCCGUUAGUUGAGAUGAAAGGUGUUGUGAACCCUGGAACAGUCUAUCAAUUUCUUGGUAUUACAGAGAAAGCAAUGAUUUACAAAGCAUAUUUAACCAAGGAGAGAUCUGAACUUUAUCCUUUACUAGGUCGCAAGAAGGAGACUGACAUCUUUGAAAACUUACUGGAAAAAUUUAAAGAAACUAAAAUAAGCCAUGUUAUAAUAUAUGAAGGCCUCAUGGGAUAUGGAAAAAGCCAACUAGUAACUGAAAUUGCCUAUUUAGGCCAAGCUCCUGGGCAAAAGGUUGUGGCAAUGGAGCUGACAAAGAUAAAUGCAUGGCAAAACUUCUUUGCUGUCCGGACAUUGAUGGCAAUGUUCCUGGGGGUGGAUGUCUGUAAAACCUAUGAUGCAAGGCAGUAUAUCCUUCUGAGCAAGUUGCGUGGAGUUAUAGAAGAACAAUAUCUAUGCCUUUUCAACAACCUUUUUCAUGUUAAGUUUCCUACAUCAGAAGUGGUUUCUCAAAUGGAUAAUGACAGAAAGAAUAAGGAGAUUGAAACGAUGCUUUUAAAAAUUCUGAUUAAUGCAGCAGAAAAGGAAGUCCUCAUUUUUGCAAUUGAUGAAGCUCAGUUUAUUGAUAAAGCCUCUUGGGAUUUCCUGGACAAUUUACUUAAGAAUGUUCCAAUCUUUGUUGUUAUGGCUUUGUCUCCUAUCAAUCACAAGGGACGAACACUUUGUUCCAGUGCAACCCAAAUCCUGAAUAGUCCAAGCACAACUUUUAUUAAGCUAAGGGAAUUAAGUCCUUCAAUAAUUAUUCAGAAAGCCUGUCAAGACCUUGGAGUGGUCAGUAUCACCAGGGAGCUUGAAACAUUUUUAAUACAAAGGAGUCAUGGAAACCCAUUUUACUGUGAAGAACUUCUCCGAAACCUCCACUUAAACAAUGUGCUUCAAUUCCAUGUGCUGGAGGAAGAUGAAGAGAAAGAGGAUGAAUGGGACAGUCUUUUUACCACUACUGUUCUCAAGACUCAUGCAUCCAAAAUGUUAGACGAAGAGACUGAAUUAUAUAUUUGCACAGUCAGGCAAAAUGUGAAGCUUACCACCAUCAGUCUUCCUCCAACAUUAAAAGGAAUUGCUCUGGCUGCACUGGACAAUAUGAAUCCUUCAGAGCAGAUGGUGGUGAAAUGUGCAGCUGUCAUUGGUGUGACAUUCACUACAGAGAUGCUCCUUUAUAUUCUCCCGGAAUGGACAAAAAGGAAAAUGUACCAAACUCUGGCAGCACUGGUGGAAUCCCGUAUCUUUAAGUGUUGUACUGAAAGAAAAGAAGUGAAUGUAACCCAGCACAUGUUAUCUAAAGAGUUCAGCAUCAGCAAUAAUGAAUUGAAAUCACAUAGGCCAGAAUCGGAUCUUGGAUCAGUUAUUUCCAAUAGGCUCAAGCUAGAAGAGGCUGUGAUGCAUUGCAAAAUCAUGGAGUUUUGCGCACCACUGUUGCAAGAAGCAGCUUAUGAAUUGUGGCUUAAGAAUCAGAAAAAAGCCUUGCAUUUCAAAUGUGCCAGUUAUCUGAAGUGGCUAGCUCACCGAUGCAAGUGUUGUGGGGAAGGUGAUUUCAUUCCUUAUCAUCGGUAUGCAGUAGAUGGCAUGCUUCAAAAAUUCUAUUCACAGGAAGAUAAAAUUAAGAAUAUCAAAGAGGAUGUGUUGAAUGAGGCUGCUGUGAUCCUUGUUUCAGAAACCCUUAAAAAAUUGGAAGCAUCCCACCAGGAAGGUAGAUGGGCCACACCUUUGUUGCUCCAGAACAGCCCGUUAUUAACAGAUUACCAGGGGUUUUGGCAACACAUGCGCCACAUGUAUGAGGACCCCAUACGAGUGCAGAUGGCAGCCAGGCAUCUGAAGGAACUUCGCCAAGAGAAGCGCCCCCUGCAGAAAUUUAUUUCGGAAUUUCAGCUUGUAUGUCUGGAUUCCAAUUGGAAUGAUACAGCCUUAAUGGACGCCUUCCAGGAUGGCCUGUCAGAUGAGCUGCAGGAUGAGUUAGUUCGAGUGGAACCAGCCCCGACCCUCGACGCUCUGGUGGUGCAAUGCAUCGCCAUGGACCUGCGUAAGGUUGAGGCCUUGUGUAGUUGGAAACCCCCUCAUCGCGUGAAGGACGUUCAACGCCUAUUGGGGUUCGCUAACUAUUACCGGACCUUCAUCCCGAGUUUUGCCAAGCUGACAGCCCCGGCGGAUAGCAUCACUCUUUUUCCCUGCGCUUACUAUUCCCGGAAACUCACUCCUUCCGAACACAAUUACACCACCUGGGAAAAAGAGUUGCUGGCUAUCAAGGGUGCAUUUGAGACUUGGCGACAUCAUCUUGAGGGGGCCCGACACAAGGUGGAGGUCUGGACGGACCAUCGGAAUUUAGAACACUUGUCAACGGCACGAAAGUUGAACCAGCGGCAGAUCCGGUGGUCAUUGUUUUUUGCCCGGUUCAACUUUUUUGUGACCUAUAUCCCCAGUGGUCACAAUCGGAGGGCGGAUGCCCUGUCCUGCAAACCUGAGUACCUUUGCCCCGAGGACCCAAUUCCUCCACGGACGGUGCUGCCAGCAGAAUCUUUGGCCAUAGUCCAGGAACCGGUGGAUUUGCAGACUCAGGUGCGAGAGGUGCAGCGCCUAGACGCUUGGUCGCAGCAGAAGAUGGGGGACUUUGGACUUUGGAGGAGGGCUUACUCAAGCAUCGGGGCUGGUUCCCAAUUUUGGAAGAGCCUGAUGACCGCGUUACAGGUGCAGGUCUGCUUGUCGUCGGCGCACCAUCCAGAGACUGACGGAGAUAUCCUGCGGUCAACCUUCAUCUUGCAAGAGUCCUUUAGAGCUGAAAAUUCAGAACUAGAAUUUUUAAAAAGAAUGGAUGAAAUAAUCUUGCUUACUGGCAUGAGCAAGAAAAGGACCGAGACCCCUGGCUCCCAGGACUGUGAAUGCAAAGAAAUUGUGGAGUCUGUCACUGUGCCUUUAUCUCAGCACUACUUGGCUCUAGGGGAUUAUAGUCGGGCUUUUUAUUACCUGUUGGAAUCUGCAUCUGCUUAUGUCAACCACUCCCACAACUACAUGGCCUUUACAUAUCUGAAUACAGCAGAGAACCUCUUGAGAUCUUCGGAAUUCAAGCAUAAACUCAUUAACCAAUUUGAGGUGUCCAUUUUGUACAGCCUGAAGGGAGAGGUCUGUUACAAUAUGGGUCAAAUUACUUCUGCAAAAAAACUGCUAAAGAAGGCUUUGAGCUUACUGAAGAAAACCUUCCCAAUAACUGUUGUAGGAGCCUUUUGCAUGUUUAUGGUGGAAACCUCCAAACAUUUGUCUCAUCAGAACAAACAAACUUUAUGGCAAAUAUCCAGUGGCAGGGAGAAGAGACUAGCAAUUCUGUUCCAGCAGGGUCACUGCCUUUCCCUACUGUGGCAGCUCUUCAAUCUGGAUGUAGCCAGAAAUAAGAAAACGUUUACCCGUUUGGCAGCCCUCAUGCAGGUGAACUGUGCAGAGGAGUCUCAAGAUGAAUCUCAGAUAAUCUCAUCCUAUAUGGAUUUCUCCCUCUGCUAUCAAAUGAUGGGUUGCCAACAUGAAUGGAUGAAGUAUGAGUUAAUGGCCAUCAAACGUAGUUCUCAUCUUCAAGUUGUUGGAGGAGGGUUACUGACAAUUGCUAAAUUAGCAUCAUCAUUGGCUUACAUGAAGCUUUGUUUGGGGAACAUGCUUUUAGCCAUCCAACUGGGUUAUCGUGCACACGAGUUAUAUGAGCAACUGAAGAUGCCUAACCUUGACGCUAAUGUGCUCCAUGACAUUUUCAAAGCUCUUUAUCUCAGCACCAGAUAUCAAGAUUCUGUGCAAGUGUUAAGUUGCCUAGAAGAUCUCACCUUUCGAGAUGACAAUAUUAUUGGACAGUCCCUCUUCAUUUCAGGCUGUCUGAACAUUAUACUUUAUGCUGGAUUUUGUUUUAAGCCAUUUAAGUACUGCCAGGAUUUUAUUCUCGCUAAUGAAACAAACUGCAUACUUAUGUCUCAGAACAACAUCAUGUUGAGCUUGUAUUCUUCUCUGGCAAUUUGGUUUGCCAGACUUCAGCAAUGGGAUAAAUUCAUAAUACCAUUUGAAAAAGCAAGGCGGUUGUUGAGGAGAACAAGUGCUUCACUCUGUUCUAACCAUGGAUUCUGUAAGUUGGUGGAGUGUGAGACUCUGUUAUUAAGAAAAUAUAUAGAAGAGAGGCCUGACAAAGUUCGUGAGAUGCAUAACAGGAUAACAAAGAAUUUGGAUCAGAUAAUGAACCAGUGUUCUAUAAGCCCAGUGUACUAUUCCAGGGUUUACCACCUGAAGGCCUAUGUCCAGCUGAUGCUUGGAAAUGAUGAACUCAGCCAAAACUUUAUUGAGAAGGGAUUCUACAGUAGUGAUAUCUAUGGGAAUCGUUUGGAGAGAUCCUGGCUAGAGAUUAGCAAGGAGUGGUGGUUCACUGGAAAAAAACUCAUGGAAGAUUUUUGGUUAAAGGCAGUUCCAGAUUUCCCUGUAUGGAAUGUAAACAUGACAGCCCAAGAGAUGGGAGCUUUCCAUAAAAACAUGUACCUGCUGAAAGUGCCAGAACUGGAUAUAAACAAUCAAUUCCCAGAAAGUAGCAUAGAAGAAUAAUAGUGAACUGAUUGCAGGAAAUGUUGUCUGAAACAAAUUUUGAUUUAUUUGUUCUCUUGUACAAACUCCACCUUUUCCUGUGUUAAAUCCAGAAUGUAGCAUUUGGUCUGAAUGUUCUACGUUUUAAAUUUCUUAUAGAAAAAUCCUUUUAUAUUCAGCACUUUAUUCUUAUAAACAUCCUCUUAGUAGAUAGUAAUUAGAAAAGAAAUGACAGGGUAGGGUGCACUAUUGAGUUCUACUUUUUACAAUGAUUUUAUUACAUUAUAUUUUCUUGCAUCUCUAUUUGCAAUAAUUGAACUAUUUCAGAAAACAGUUAUGGUUGCCAGCAGGUUUGGAAAAUUCAUAGCCAUUCUAUAAAGGAAUUCUGCUUUCAGAAUAAGUCUAGGAAAACUAGAAAGAACGUUGCUUUGGAUUUUCCUUCCCAAGCUACAUAAAUACAAUAUAGUUGCCAAUAUUGAAAUAUAAGGACAACUAUGUAAUUUGCAUAUGGGGAAGUUUUAUGAAAAAAUACCUUAUUAAAUCUCUACAUCCAAAUCUUCAGAAGUAAAUAAAGUGCAUUUAGGAACAGAAAUGAAUAGGACACACAAGGGAAAAUAUAACAUAUAAACAUUUAUAAAUAAAAUAAAUGCAGGAGGCAGGAGGUCCUUGUGCCACUGGGCCUAGCUAAAUUGUGUAUAUAUCUGAAAAAAAUAC